UGCUUCCCUGUCAGGCAAUCGCCUGGACACCUCAGUUGGAGGAUCAGCUGCUGGGAGCGCGGGGUCCUCCGGCUUUCCCAAUAUGGCGGCGCCCAGCGAAGUCGUGAGCUGCGUGGAUUUUGCGGAGUUUCAGGAAAUACUCCGAGUAAUGAGGACCAUCGACGACCGGAUUGUACAUGAGCUGAACACGACUCUUCCCACCGUCUCCUUCGCAGGCAAAAUCGACGCGGGCCAAACAUGCAAGCAGCUGUAUGAAUCUCUGCAGAAUGCUCACCUCAGCCGGGACAAGGCCAUCAAAAGCUGCAUAGCUCAGACCUCCGUCACUGUGAAUAAGCUCCAGGGGGACCGAAAAAAAGACUCCGAUAAUCUAGCAAUAGUUAAACAGCUCAGGAAAGAGCAGUCGAAGUUAAAAUUCUUGCAGUCCGAGCUGAACGUGGAAGAGGUUGUGAACGACAGAAGCUGGAAGGUAUUUAACGAGCGUUGCCGGCUGCACUAUAAACCCCCGAAGAGCCUAUAAUCCAAGGCAAUAGAUAAUUACAGGGUUGACGGACAAUUCAGCCAGGAGGCCGCGCAGGUUCUGGAGUUCCAGCCGGAUGUCAAAGUCCAGAUUUUCACUGAUCGGGGGCAGCCGAAAAACAGCAGAUCCAACAAACUGAUAUGAAACGUGUCUGAUUUGCGAAACCAACUUGCCGUUUUUGUAUGAAAUCCUGGAACGUGUUUUAUAACCAUUAAAUAUCAUUUUCAGAG